AUGGAUAGCAACAUGUCUUCCGGAACUAACAGUAGUUUUUCUCGCAUCCUAAGCAGAGAACAAAAUGGAGUCAUUCAGCCGAUUCUCACAGAUCUCUACCAAAUCACCAUGGCUUAUGCCUAUUGGAAGAGUGGCAAGAAGACAGACAGGGCCGUCUUUGACCUUUACUUCCGUAAAAAUCCAUUUAAAGGAGAAUUCACUGUGUUUGCUGGACUUGAGGAGUGUAUCAAGUUUCUACAAAAGUUCUGCUUUACAGAGAGUGAUAUAAACUACUUACGGACAGUCCUUCCUAGUAACAUAGAGUCCGAAUUCUUUGACUACCUGCAGCAGAUAUCUACAAAGGAUGUAAAACUGUAUGCCAUUGAUGAAGGGACUGUUGUGUUCCCCAAGGUACCCCUUCUGACUGUUGAGGGACCCUUACCUAUUGUACAGUUGAUGGAAACUCCCCUCCUAAACCUUGUCAACUACGCCAGUUUGGUGGCAACUAAUGGCAUGCGUUUCCGUCUAGCAGCUGGGCCAGAGAAAAUCCUCCUGGAGUUUGGUCUUAGGAGAGCCCAAGGACCUGAUGGGGCACUGUCAGCAUCUCGUUACUGCUACCUAGGAGGAUUUGAUGGUACAAGUAAUGUUCUGGCUGGGAAACUGUAUGGGAUUCCUGUCCGGGGUACACAUGCCCAUGCUUUUGUUACUUCUUUCACUGAUCUUGAGACGAUCGCUGACGAGACCCUGAUGAGAAAGGGAACCGAGGAACCUGUCAAGUUUCUGCCAAUUUGUAAAAAAUGGCAAAAAAAGCUCACAAGCAUUUUAGGUUUCCUUGAUGACCAGGUGAGUGAUGGGGAGUUAGCAGCCUUUAUAUCCUACGCUUCUGCCUUCCCUGAUGGCUUCCUGGCUCUUAUAGACACCUACGAUGUCAUCAAAUCUGGACUGCCAAACUUCUGUACAGUUGCGCUGGCCCUACAUGAGUUAGGAUAUGAGCCACGUGGUGUGAGAUUGGACAGUGGAGAUCUCUCCUACCUAUCUAACCAUGUCAGGUUACACUUCAAAAAAGUUGCUGACAGUCUAAGUCUACCUUGGUUUGGUAAACUGACUAUUGUAGCCAGUAAUGACAUCAACGAGGACACUAUACACUCGUUAAAUCAACAGGGACACGAGAUCGAUAGCUUUGGUAUAGGAACUCACCUGGUCACAUGUCAGAAACAGCCAGCUCUUGGUGGUGUUUACAAGCUGGUUGAGGUGAACCAAAGGCCGAGGAUUAAACUUAGUGAGGAUGUGGAGAAAGUCACCAUCCCUGGACGGAAGAUUGCGUAUCGCCUGUUUGGUGCUGAUGGUAAUGCCCUUGUUGAUCUGAUGUUACAACCAGACGAGUCUCCUCCCAACCUCAACACCAGGAUACUAUGUCGCCAUCCAUUUCAGGAGUCAAAACGAGCCUAUGUUUGUCCUGCUAAAAUGGAGCAACUUCAUAAGCUGUACUGGGACAAUGGGAAGUUAGUACGAUCACUCCCCACUCUGACAGAGCUGCGAUCAAAAGCUAUGGCAUCUCUAAACAGCAUGAGACAAGACCACAAACGGGCUCUCAAUCCCACACCAUACAAGGUAUCAGUUAGUGCGAACUUGUACCAGUUUCUGCACGACUUGUGGCUGGAGAAUGCACCUAUAGGAGAGCUGGCUUAGCUAGCUAUAUAACCUUCAGAAAAAUUACUACCCAGAAUUUGUGGUGUUGGAAGUUAAUUGUAAGCUGCUGUUUCUUGUGCAUGGACCAGUAAAUGUUUUUGAAAAUAUAAAGAAUUGAAAAGCUGAUGACCGGUCAGUAAAAGUUUUUGGUGAAAAAUUGUAGUGAUUGGACACUACUUUUUGAGGUUAGAUAUUGAAUACAUUUUUAGGAGAAAAAAUAAAACAGAUUGUGACUGAAGAAGGGAUGAUUUUCAAGUAAUAUAUAAUUGAGGGCAUGCGAUUUUCUUCAAAGAGGGGUGUUAGAUAGGGAGGGGGCACUCAGAAAAAAUAUUAUAUUGAAGCCUGAUUGAAAUACGUAGGUUAAAGGAGAUCAUUGUUGUGUUACACAUCUUAUCAGAUUUUCUGGGAAAGUGACCUCUGGGGAAUCCAUCAGCAUUUCACUCAUUCUAGCUUAAUAGAAGGAAAGCAAAAAGGAGAUAAUUCUAGAUGUUUAUGUCUUAGUGUUUCCUAAUACGGUAUUUCUGAAGAGAAAAAAAAUAUUGUGAUAUAACCAGAAUGGUGAGAACUUGUAUCUACUCAAAGGGUAGGUGUUAGUACAUUAAACCAGAUAACAUAAUCCAGCAGUGGGGAUGUCGGCGUUUAUUGUCCAGAAGAGGGAUAGUGAUGGUGUUCAGCCUCUUAAGUUUUACUGAUUAGAAAUGAGUGUAUUUUACUGUUAAUUGAUUAAAGCUUUGAGCAUUCCUGUAUUUGUAUAGUAAUGCUUGAUAUAUAGCUACGUGUAUAGAGGACUUUCAUUGUUUCAACGUUUAAUUCAAACAAAGAAAAGUGUGAAAAAUAUAAAAAAGGUUUAUAACAGACAAGGAAAGAUGUACAAAUGUUAAACAGAAGUCAUUAACUGUAAACAGAUAUUAACGCCUGACACAAGAAGAACAAAGAAAUAUAUGUUAUACAUGAAAUGUUGCAAUCUUUUUAAUUUUUUAACUACAAAACCAAAAAGAUAUAAGAGACAUUCCAAUUUUAAUGCUACUUUUGUUUCUUAAUCAUAAAUUGAAUGUUGUGGACAUUUUUUUCAUUAAGAUGUUGUUAUUCAGUCCUUUCAAUUUUAAAAUCGUAGAAGAUUUUUUGUAACUAAUAUGAUGGCCAUAGCCCUCUUGUAAAGACAUGCAUGACCUAUUAUAAAGCCUGAAGGUUCAUUUUAUACCCAAGACUGUGUAUCAGUCCUUGUUCUUUGUUAUUUUAGAUCUAACCAACAGUUGGAGAACAUUUUUUUGUUCCUCAAUAUUGUUUGCUUUGUUUAAACGUGUAUAGCUGGCUAUUUUUAAUUUGAAUUUUUAAGAUGUUUGGGGAGUGUUUCCAAUAUCUACCCAUCCCAUUCUUGACUCAUUAUCAUCAUAAGGUGGUCAUUGGUCAUGGUUAAUGGGUCAAAGCUAAUAUUCACCAUGAAGACUUUUAUGAAAAGGACAUUCAGUCCUCAGCAUUUUCUAAAUUUUAAUUUCUGUGUGUUCAAAACCAUAAUUUUUGCAUUUUUCAGAGAGAGAAAUUUUUUGUGCAAUACAUGUACUGCUCUGCGAUCUUUUUUUGGCAUUGUAGAAAAACUUUAUAGGAAAUUCAAAUUCAUUUAUCUUAUCAAUUUGAUCAACUGUAAAUACUGUUGAAGCUGAUUUUAAAAUCAAAAUGCUACAAUCCUGUUUAGUGAUUAAAUCAGACAUAUAUCAAUAGAUAUAAACCAGAAAAUAAAACAGACAGAAGCAUAUCAUUUUUUCUUUUCAGUUUAACGGGGAUUUGGAGAAGGUAUUCAUUAGUUUGUCUUUUAAUGAAGGAAAACUCCACCAAUAUUUGUUGUUAGCCAUUUUAUGUGUUCCAAGUGAAAUUACAGGAAUGUUGUGUUCAUUUUCACCAAAUGUUAUCUUUGUCUUGUCUUGUAAUAAGUCCAGGGUUUCAACAUAUCAUUUCUGCUCAGAGCUCAGAGUUAAAAUGUAGGCUUAUUACAGGACAGUGAUAAAUAUUUGUUGAUAUUUAUGUGUAAGACUUCAAGACUUUUAUACACAUUGAUUAAAUACAAGAUAAGAAUCUAUUGAAGAAAAAACUGAGAAAAAAAGCAAACACACCCUGCCCCCCUCCCCCACCUCCCCCUUCCAUCCAAAAUCAAUGAAAACUUUUUAAUGAAUGGAAAGUUCUGAGGGAUGACAAAAUACAACUUCGGAAGAAGAAGAUCAGUACAGAUUUAAAAUUAUGUAUCUAUACCCAAUAUGAUUUAGACAACUUGGUUUUGUCAACUUGCUUGAUCAAAGCCUCUUUUCAUAUUCAUCCGAGUAUGGCACUCUCAUUCAGGGAGUGUUUCAUUAUCGUGACAGGGUCUGAAAACAAUGAGCUAUGAUGGGAAGACUUUCUCAUGACAAAGGGGGAUAAUUCAAUAUCACAUUAACAAAAUGCUGUUCUUGAUGGAAUACAUACCUUUUUAAAAGAGGUUAGUAUUCAGGGGUAGAAAUAAGAAAUUGUACUUAUAUUACUUAUGGUUAAAAGAAAAAUACUAUCAGAAUUUAUUUAUCAGAUUUAUUUUGUAUUUUGGUUGGAUAAGAUAAAUUUCUAUCCGUUAAGUUUGGUGUAUUUUUUAAUCAAAAUAUAUUUUGAACAUUUUCAAUUUAACUAGAGUUUAUGAUGUAAGUACAUAACUGAGUAAAAGUUGUACAUGAUCCUAACACACACUAGUCAGAUUAUACAAUAAUUUACUUGGAUUUUAUACAGAGUUUUUUCCCUUUAAUUCAUGUAUUUGAAGUAAAUAUUAGCCAAAAUAGAUAUUAAACAGUUCUUUUAUUGUUCAACUCCUUUGUAGAGGAAAUAAAAUUCUGAUUGUCCUGACAUAAAUCCUUUAGGUUUUCUCAAAAUCACUGUGUAAUACAAGGCAGAUAUUUUAUGCAUUUCUAAUGGGUGUGAAUUUCACAAGUCAUAGUAGGUUACGUUUUCUGUUGUUGUAACUGACUGCUCCACAGUGUGGAGAACCACGUUUUAUAGGCUCCUAGCAUUUAUUGUUGUAUGUGUGAUUUACAACUUUAUUGUUUGGUAUUAACAGGAAACUGCUGACAUUUUAGUGCAAUAUCAUGUGUUUUGCCAUGACUUAGAAAUAUUAUACUCUGGCAAAAUCUGUAUGGUUUGUCUUAUUCUAGAAAUAUUGUACAAAUUGUGUAAACACUGUGUUUUGUCUUAAACUCUCUGAAUCCUUAUGACCCAGAAAUAAUACAUAUUUGGUUUGGCUUAAUCAGUUUAGUGUAUAACAAUGAAAAAGUUGACAAGAUGCAUUUCAAGUAGAAACUUCACAUUCGUAUGAUAGUUUUCUGUCCUGUCCCAACAUAGUAUCAUUGCUUAUGAAACCUUAAUUUAAGAUCUUUCAACAGAAUUUUAAUCUUGUGAUCAGUUUUCUGUCCUGUCCCAACAUAGUAUCAUUGCUUAUGAAACCUUAAUUUAAGAUCUUUCAACAGAAUUUUAAUCUUGUGAUCAGUUUUCUGUCCUGUCCCAACAUAGUAUCAUUGCUUAUGAAACCUUAAUUUAAGAUCUUUCAACAGAAUUUUAAUCUUGUGAUCAGUUUUCUGUCCUGUCCCAACAUAGUAUCAUUGCUUAUGAAACCUUAAUUUAAGAUCUUUCAACAGAAUUUUAAUCUUGUGAUCAGUUUUCUGUCCUGUCCCAACAUAGUAUCAUUGCUUAUGAAACCUUAAUUUAAGAUCUUUCAACAGAACUUUAAUCUUGUGAUUAAAAGAAAAGACAAGUACUGAUUGUAUUUCUUAUGAAUCCAUAUUUCUGGGUUUGAAGGUCAAGGUCACUGAUGAAUAGGUAAGUUAAGUAUCCUCACCUAAAGAAAUCUUCAUUGGGUACCAAUGUCAAGGUUGUUACUAUUUAUAGGAAAAUGUCCAACAUUAACACUUGUGACAAAAGCAGAAAAAAACAUGUGUCAUGUACAUAGACAGUAAAAUCAAUUACAACAAUUACUGACAUCAUUGCUGGAACAUUCUGGCUUUAGAAAUUUUCCAAUUUGUGCAGAUUACAAAACUCAUAAGUUUACAUGUUUGAAAAGUGUUAAUAAAUAAUCUGAUGUGUUCUUUGAAAUUCCAAUAAUGAGCCAGAGCAGCAAUAUGAUCUGUAGAGUGUUUGUAAAAAUAUUUAUGUUUAGACCAGUGGUAGAUGUUCUCAGGUCAGUGAUGUAAGGUUAAACACAAACAUAGUAGUACUCCUAUUUAGUGUAAAGGUACAUACCAUUUCCAGUUGUACAUUAGUGCACAAAUUCUUUUCUUAAAUGUUAGUGUUAUUGUGAACAUUUUCCAAAUUAUAUUUACAAAUUUCCGUAGCUAAAGGGAAUAAUGUUAAUUUUUUACCCUGAAAUUUUCCAUUGAAAGCAUGGUGGUCUCCUAGUAGAUUGUAUGUAUGGAUGGUGAUAAAGAAGGUACUUGACUGACAUGUCACACAAACAAUGUGUUGUAGCCUCAGAAAACAUUUUUCAAUCUGCAAAUUCCAGUAAACUUGGCUGAGUACAUGAAUGUGCCAGAAAUGUUUUGUAACAGUUGUUAGAGGCGGAUGACAGCUCAAGCUUAAUGCUCCACAGGGUGUUGAGAAAGAUUCUCACUAGUAGCAAAUUGCCCAAUAUCUUAGGCAGGAUAAUAAUUUGUGAACCACUUUGAAACAGCUGAAUGUGAUCUUGUGGUAUAACUUCAAAUUAUUAUAAUUGGUAUCGUAUGUUUUGGAAAACUGUCACAAAAUGUGUGGAACAGGUGGUUUAAGUAAUAGAUGUAACUAAUUCCAGCGAUACUUUCUGAAGAAAAAUCCAAACUUCAUAACAAAUUCCCAGAGACAAUAAACUUGAUAAUACUUGCCAAUAGACAACUCCAUAACACUUUCCCAUAGACAACUCCAUAACACUUUCCCAUAGACAACUCCAUAACACUUUCCCAUAGACAACUCCAUAACACUUUCCCAUAGACAACUCCAUAAUACUUUCUCUUAAACAACUCCAUAACACUUUCCCAUAGACAACUCCAUAAUA